UCAUGUAAUGCAGAAAAACCUGGCAUGAUCAAUGUGCAUCUAGUACCUCACACGCACGAUGAUGUAGGCUGGCUGAUCACAGUGGACCAGUACUACUACAGACAGGUUCAGUUCAUCCUAGAUGGAGUUAUUGCAGAGCUUCAAGCAGAUCCAACGAAGAGGUUCAUAUAUGUGGAGAUAGCCUUCUUCUCCCGAUGGUUCAAUGAACAAAAUGAUGCCACCCGGCACAUUGUCCAGAGCUUGGUUAGCCAAGGUCGACUGGAGUUUAUUUUGGGUGGCUGGUGCAUGAAUGAUGAAGCCGCCACUCAUUACUCAGCCAUUAUUGAUCAACACAAACUGGGCUUUGAGUAUCUCCGUCUAAACUUCGGAGACUGUGGGCGUCCAAAGAUCGGCUGGCAGAUCGAUCCCUUUGGCCAUUCCAGGGAGCAAGCAUCUCUGUUUGCCCAGUUUGGCUUUGAUGGUCUUUUCUUCGGCCGACUGGACUAUCAAGAUAAGCUGAAAAGACAAGGUGAUAAAUCUAUGGAGUUUGUCUGGAAAGGUAGCCCCAACAACUUAGGUGAUGUGUCAGACUUAUUUACCGGAGUUCUUCCACUGGGAUAUGGUCCUCCCGGUGGCUACUGCUUUGAUAUUUCAUGUGGACCCGAUUCAGUCAUAAAGGAUGAUCCUCGACUUCACGAUUACAACGUUCAGCAGAUGGUAGACGGCUUCAUUCAGACCGUCAAUCAAGAGGCUGCCUGGUACAGGACUAAUCAUCUGAUUGCAACAAUGGGCUCUGAUUUCAACUACGUUCAGGCUCACAUGUUCUUCAAAGAAAUGGAUAAACUCAUUGAGUAUGUCAAUGCAAGGCAAGCCGUGGGCAGCAACAUCAACCUCCUGUACUCCACACCUUCCUGCUACCUGAAGCAGCUCAACAACGACAACCUCACCUGGGCCACCAAAGAAGACGACUUCUUCCCUUACGCUGACCACCCUCAUGCCUUCUGGACCGGCUACUUCACCAGCAGAGCUGCACUCAAGGGUUACGUUCGUGUGGUCAACAGUUUCUUCCAAACUGUGAAGCAGGUGGCAGCACUAGCUAAACUGGACAACACAUUUGAUAGUGGAGCACAGCUUCAGCGUUUAGCCGAAGUUUUAGGGGUGGCACAGCAUCAUGAUGGAGUUUCUGGUACUUCAAAACAGGCUGUGGCUUUUGACUAUGCUCAGCGAUUGGCAGAAGGAGUCAGUGCAGGCCAG